GAAUUCUCUGUACGGAGAAAGGAUGCAACGUUCUCCGUUAAAUAGAAAUCUCCUAUUUCCCGUCCGCUGCCUUACCGUUCUUCAUGCAUCUGUUCACCGUCUCUGUCCCCACUAGAAUACAGCCGGGCAGUAAAUAUUCGCCGCGUGAAUUAACUUGUUGAAGGACUGACAGCAUGACCUAGCGUCACUUCCGUCCGCAGGUUAAGCGGCGGGCGCGCACCCCCCGGGGACCGGGCUGCUGCAGAGCCGCUUUAAACCAGCCGCCAGAGCUCCGGCCAGGUCUGCAUAGCCGCUUUAACCCGAGCAUCUCCCCGCCCCGCAACUUCCGGGGCGGUGUCGUUGCCCAUUUAAGAGCGGCGUUCCCCGCCCCCGGGGCGGAGCUUAGGGGCUUUAAGGGGCGGGCUGGCGGCCGGGGUCCGCGGGGAUUAGUGUGGUGGGCGCGCCUCUGGCCGCCAUUUCUCGGCGUCUCCCCUGAGCCGCCCCCUGGCGCCUCGCGUGGGUCUCUCCCCUCUCGUGGCCGCGGGUGGUCGCCGCCAGUGACAAAAUGCUGAGCUUCUUCCGCAGAACGCUCGGCCGCCGGUCGAUGCGCAGACAGGCCGAGAGGGACCGGCUCCGCGAGGCCCAGCGUGCAGCCACGCACAUCCCUGCGGCCGGGGACGCGAGGGCCGUCAUCACCUGCCGAGUGUCCCUCCUGGACGGGACCGAUGUCAGCGUGGACUUGCCGAAAAAAGCCAAAGGACAAGAGCUGUUUGAUCAGAUUAUGUACCACUUGGACCUUAUUGAAAGCGACUAUUUUGGACUGAGAUUUAUGGAUUCGGCACAAGUAGCACACUGGUUGGAUGGUACAAAAAGCAUCAAAAAGCAAGUAAAAAUUGGUUCACCCUAUUGUCUGCAUCUUCGAGUUAAGUUUUAUUCCUCAGAACCAAAUAAUCUUCGUGAAGAACGAACCCGGUACUUAUUUGUUCUUCAGUUAAAACAAGAUAUUCUCAGUGGAAAAUUGGAGUGUCCCUUUGAUACAGCGGUUCAGUUGGCAGCUUAUAACUUGCAGGCUGAACUUGGUGACUAUGACCUUGCCGAGCACAGUCCUGAUGUUGUGUCUGAGUUCAGGUUUGUGCCCGUUCAGACGGAAGAGAUGGAGCUGGCUGUUUUUGAGAAAUGGAAGGAAUACAGAGGUCAGACACCAGCACAAGCUGAAACCAAUUAUCUGAAUAAAGCCAAGUGGCUAGAAAUGUAUGGGGUUGAUAUGCAUGUGGUCAAGGCCAGAGACGGGAAUGACUACAGUUUGGGACUGACCCCAACAGGAGUCCUUGUUUUUGAAGGAGAGACCAAAAUUGGCUUAUUUUUUUGGCCCAAGAUAACCAGAUUGGAUUUUAAGAAGAAUAAACUAACCUUGGUGGUUGUAGAAGAUGAUGACCAGGGCAAAGAGCAGGAACAUACGUUUGUCUUCAGACUGGAUCAUCCCAAAGCAUGCAAACAUUUGUGGAAAUGUGCCGUGGAGCACCACGCCUUCUUCCGCCUCCGAGGCCCUGUCCAAAAGGGUUCUCACCGAUCAGGAUUUAUUCGAUUAGGGUCACGGUUUAGAUACAGUGGGAAAACUGAGUAUCAGACCACAAAAACCAAUAAAGCAAGACGAUCAACAUCCUUUGAAAGGAGGCCCAGCAAACGGUAUUCCCGACGAGCUCUGCAAGUGCAAGCAAGUACAGGAAAACCUGAAGAACUCAGUGUUCACAAUAAUGUUUCAGCUCAGAGUAAUGGCUCCCGACAGGCUUGGGGUGUGAGAUCCACUGUGCCUGUGAUUCCUUCCGUUCCCUCUGGUCCUGUGCUGGUGCAAGUUGAGAAUCUUCCAAGGAGUGCCGGAGCAGACCAGCAUGACAAGAAAUGCUUGCCUCUGAAGAUUGAUUUGCUAGAUAGUCCAGACUUACUGGAAACAACCAUUGAUGAUGUAGUUGGGGCACCUGACACCAUGGCCAUGUCCCAAGCCCCAGGCGAAGUGAGCACAGCCGCCAGGCAGGCUGGAUUAGAGGGGCUGGAAGCAUUAAAAGAUGCCUCAGAGAAGCUCAAACACCUUGAAAUGGAAAGCGGUCCUUUGCCAGCCAGUCAUCCCAACAGGGACGUUAACAUCAGCACCCAGGAGGAAGUGGUGAAGUUAACUGAGAAAUGUCUGAAUAAUGCCAUUGACAGCCCAGCACUGAAUGCCAGGAGAGUUCCUCCUGACUUGAAGAGUAACAUUUUGAAGGCUCAAGUAGAAGCAGUGCAGAAGGUUACAAGAGAAGAUAGCUUAUUAAGUCAUAAAAAUGCCAGUGUUCAGGAUGCUGCCACCAACAGUGCUGAGUUAAAUGAGAACGCCGCGCCGGUCCCUGGAGGGUCUCUCAUUCCGAUGCGAACCACGCCUGCAGAAAAUGGGCCUGCUCUAAAGGAUGCUACAGAUGAAUUGGAUGCCUUGCUUUUAUCUCUAACAGAGAAUCUCAUUGACCACACAACCACACCUCAGAUAUCUUCCAUAUCCACGAUCACACCCCGUUGGAUUGUGCCACAGAGUGCUGCCCUUCCUAACGGGCUUGCAGGAGACAACGGGCUCUCGCCGGCCGGCAAGGAGGGGCCUGGCAACAGAGGCGUGGUCUCCCUCAUCUCUCCCCCAGCGCCGUUCUUUGUGGAUGCUGUGACCAGCUCGGCUCCAGCCUCUGCUGGAGAAGCCACCUUGAAGCAGAAGUGUUUGCUGACAACAGAGCUCUGAGGGGCGGCCGCUCCUCACCUGUGGCCCGAGGCCGGGCCCUCCAGCCGUCCGUCCUGGAGUCCACUUCUGCUGGAGCUGGUUCUGCGCUUGUGGGUAAAAAAGCUCACCCGGGUGUGACUUCAUCUCUGUGAAAAAAGCAGUUACAUUUCCGUCCAACUGGAAGGGCGUAAUUACACUACACGUUAGCCCAA